UUUACUAUGGCGCCCAUGAUAUUCGAAUUGGAUAAAGGGUUGGCGGUUUUGAUAUGUUUGUUUAUUGCAGUUAUUUAUGUUGGAAGUCUUUAUGUCUGGGUUGAUGAUAAGAACAAAAGCAGGGACCAUCCAGACACCAUUAAACGGCGCUUUACCAGUGUAUCCGUCAUUUGUGUGGUUAUUCCAAUUCUCCUGCAAUGCUUUGGAACAUCUUCAGAUUCAGAAAAUGUAAGAUCUGUGCUCUACUUGCCACUCAUUUUAGCUGAAAUUGUCAUUAGAAGUGUUCUCUUCUUGGGACCCUUAACACUUCACUAUGUAGAUGGUGUAUUUAGAAUAUAUUUAGAACCAAGAUACUGGACCAAUAGUUUGAAAAACCUUAUCUGGAUAAGAAACCACAUAGUUGCCCCGAUAUCUGAGGAGAUGAUCUAUAGAGCCUGUAUGUUGCCUCUGUUAGUCCCAUGCUUUGGGAGUGGAAUGUCUGUCUUCUUAUGUCCACUGUUCUUUGGUGUAGCACAUUUUCAUCACAUGAUUGAGAAAGUUAUACAAGGGAGACAAGCCCUAUCAGAGGCAUUUAAACAAUCAUUGUUCCAGCUCUGUUACACAACAUUAUUUGGUGCCUACUCUGCAUUCUUAUUCCUAAGAACAGGACAUUUCAUCGCCCCAGUGGUGGUACAUGCGUUCUGUAAUCACAUGGGUUUCCCAGCCUUCCGUGAAGUCAUGGCCCACCCUAACACAGAGACACGUCACAAGCUCAUCGCCAGUUUUGUAAUAGGACUUGUUCUUUGGAUGGCUCUGCUAUACCCUAUUACCUCCCCUUUUAUUUACAGCAAUGACAUAUAUGAUUUAUAAAGGAAAAGGAAGUAUCAAGACUUGGUGACCAUUUUAGAUUUUAAUUUUUGUUAUUUAUGAUGUUAGCACGAAAAAAUGAAUGCCAGAGUGUAUGUGUUGU